AUGGCUGAGCUUGACAACGCUAUCCCUGAGCACCUCCGGUGCCAACGCUCCAAGCCAACAAAGACUCCUUCCGCCGAUUUCGCCCCUGCAUACCCCUCAUACAGCGUCCGAUUCCCCGAAAAUGCCAAAGAUUUGGUCAUGGCCAUCAUUGGCCUGCAGUACAAGUCGACCUCCGAUUUCGAGUCCAGGUCCCGACCUGACGCUCCGUCCAAGGUCACUUCCCUCCUGAAGUCAGAGAGAAGCCCUCCUUCUUUCUCGGAGUGGGCCGCAGUCACAGACAACCAGGGUUUCUACAACAUCUUGGCUUUCGCGUACUGGCCCAGCAAGGACCAGUACGAGGCUUGGGCAUCGGGAUCUGGCUUCCAGACAUGGUGGGGGCAAGUCCAGCCGGAUUCGUACGGUCACGGCCUGUUCCUUGAGCUCUUUUUCCCCAGCGUCGAUCGUCUGGAGACUAUAUUCAAUACCAAGACCCCGGAAGGCUCGGGCCAUAUGAGAGACAGCUGGAGCGGCGAGGUACAGCAGCACGCAUACUGGGGAAGCAUGCGCGAUCGGUUGCCGGCGGCCCAGAAAGAUGAUUUAACCAGUGACGCGUUCGAGACCCCUAGCAAGAUCAACACCAAUGGCCUACGAGAGCAGCGUGUUCGAGUCUCUGGUAAGAACAACCUCACAGUCAUUCGCUCGGGGCAAGAUUGGCUGGCCACGACCGCCGAGGAGCGCAAGCUGUACCUCGAGACAAUGCACCCAGUCCUGAUCAAAGGAAUGGACUUCCUGCGAGACCAAGGUGAAGAGGUUGGCUGCUACAACUGCCGAUUCUUGGUCAUCGUAUCAAGCCCCUCUCAACCCAAGGCUGACCAGGAUCGGACGUUUGGUCUCGCCUACUUUGACGACCUGGCGUCCCUGGAGAGCUGGUGCAAAGACCAUCCCACCCACCUUGCCAUCUUUGGAGGGUUCUUCCAAUAUGCGAAGAAGCUCAAUAAUAACCUGACCUUGCGAGUCUUCCACGAGGUGCUGGUGUUGAAGCCCGAGCAACAGUUCUUCGAGUACGUUGGAUGCCAUCCUAGAACUGGCAUGCUCAAGGGGCACAAAUAGAUAGG